GCAAAAAUUAAUAAUUUACGGAGAAAAUACAGGAACAGUGUCCAUGACAUAUAUAUAAACAACUCUCUCCUCAUCAUAUAUAAAAGGUGAGGGUGGCAAAAGUAUAUAAUUAAGUAGUUACAUUGCAGGUUUAGAGUUGGAAAUCCACAUCCCCUCUAACUCUUCCUUUUCUCAAAAAAAACUUCCAUUACCAUUUUCCAAUAACUUCCAAAUCCACUAUACACUUACACAAAACUUGUAGAUUAGUUAUUAUGGCCCAAAAGCUUGAUGAAAUUGUCGAUAUUCAUGGAGUAGGAAGCCAAGACGACAUAUUGACUUGGCUUCCUACUUAUGUUCUCGACGAAGAUGUUAGUAAGACUUGUCUAGAUUCUCGAGAAGACGAUCAUCAUUUGUUUUCAAAGCGACGGAGCGUUCUCAAUGAUGGUAUCGAAACAUGUGGAGAAGAGGAUCAUCAUUUCUAUUCAAAGCAACGGAGUUAUAACAAACAUAGACAUCAACCGCCUUAUGGUAGGAAAUCGUCGGCUGUUGCACAACCUCCUUUGCUUCCUUCACCACCGAAUUGGAAGAGUUACUCAAAGCCGGAUCAAAAACCAGGUAAAAAUUGGGCAGCUGGAGGGCCUGGUAUGCAAGCCGUAUUUCUAGAUUCUCGCCAAAGAACAUGUGGUACAGGCGUUUUCCUUCCUCGUACAGCAGGGACAGAGGUCGAAAAACCUAGAAAACCAGCUUUUGCUCCCGUUCUCCUUCCGUCUCGAGUAGUACAAGCUUUGAACCUCAACGUACAUGGAUUAGGCCUGCAAAUUAAACCACGAGAACAAAACAAUAAUGUAAAGGAAUCAGAAUGCAAUCAGAUAAGAAAUAAGAAGAGCAGAGAUGUACCAAGCCAAAUCUGCGUCAUCACUCAAAACCGAAGUUCUUCACCAGAAAUAUUUCUCCCGAAGGAGUGGACCUACUAGAGACACAUUCGCCUGCUGUUCUUCCACCACCACCACCAAUUCAUAAAAUCCUGGUGGAUUGUACUUAAUGCUCUUGAUUAACAUUCAAUUAUGUAUUUGAAUCGAAUAAGAACGCUAUUAUACUUACGUGUUUCCCCAUAAAUUUGGUAUCUAUCAAAUAAAUUCAACCCAUUUCAUCCUCGUUA